AUGAAGUGCUCGGUUUCACUUUCGAUUGUGGCCUUUCUGGCAGUGUUGCAUGGUGUCGACCCGCUCCCAACCAAGCACAACAUCGAUUGGUCCCAAGUGCGUCCGAUCGAAGAGUUUGAUCACGUGAAGGCUCAUCUUCCCGCCAAUACUGGUCACUCACCUGGAACUCCGAAUCGUCGCAUCGUGAACGGACAGGAAGCCAGCCCUGGUCAGUUUCCGUACCAGGUGGCUCUGCUCGGUCAGUUUAACGCCGGUAUUGGACUGUGUGGAGCUUCCAUCAUUACCCAGAAUUACAUCCUAACGGCGGCUCACUGUGUCUACAGCAGUCCCAACGCGGACACCCCGAUCGUUGGUGGUACUGCGAUUCUGGGAGCACAGAAUCGCAUCGUGGAGGAACCUUCCCAGCAGCGCAUCACCUUCACCUCGAGCGGAAUCAUAGGCCACCCGGGGUACAACUUGGUGAACGUGCGCAAUGACAUUGCUGUCGUACGGCUAGACGAACCGAUCGUCUACACGGACCGCAUUCAACCGAUUCGGCUACCAGGACGCACGGACACGCGCACCUUCUCCGGUUUGAUGGGCACGGUGUCCGGAUACGGUGUGUACUCGGUAGCUAAUCCGGGACUUUCGGAUGUACUGAACUAUGUGCUCAAUCCCGUCAUUACGAAUGCCGACUGUUUGGCCGCUUGGAAUGGUAACGCAGAGCUGAUCCAGGCUCAGAAUAUCUGCCAGUCCGGUGAUGGUGGACGGUCUGCCUGCAAUAGCGAUUCCGGCGGUCCACUGACGGUGCAGGACAAUGGGGAAAGUUUGCUGGUUGGUGUGGUUUCAUUCGGUUCCGCGGGAGGCUGUGAUGAUGGCACACCGACUGUGUUCGCACGGGUUACCUACUACUUGGGAUGGAUAGAAGACAACUCGGACUUUGUCGCUGAGCCGUAA